AUGACAAGUAAAAAGCCUGGCGAAACGGGUGGAAGCCAACAAAGUGGGGGUGAUGGACAUGGACAAGACACCAUGGACCACGAGAAGGGCAGAAACGGUGGAAUAUGCGGCCCAGAGGAGCCGCGUGGAGGAACCGGCAAGGGUGGCGACGACGUGUCCGAGGGGGGCAAACGGCAGGCGACCAAGGACGGGCUUUCAACGGGUGCGCCGGCAGGGGACUGCGGCGGGGCAACGGAUAUGGAGAUCUGUCAACUACGAAGGAAAUCUCACGGGUUUCAGCGGCUCGCACUCGCUCGAGAGGGGAGGGUGA